CAUAAAAAGGCAGCCCGGAAUUCAGAAAAAAAAAAAAAACAAUCGGCCUUCUCCUUCUUACCAUACUGUCAUUCUUUUUCUUCUUAUUUACAAGUUGGAAAAUAAUGAAGAGCUCAAAAAUAGUACUGCUGCUGGUGCUAAUGUGCGCCUUUGCCAACAUUUCCUUAGCCGUUCUCGAUGGACUGUUAAAGAAUGGAAACUUUGAAAUGCCCCUAUCGAAAGGGGACCUAAACGGCACUGUGGUUCUAAAGCACAAUGCGAUACCGGAAUGGUCAAUCUCCGGGUUCGUAGAGUACAUAAAAGCAGGCCAAAAACAAGGCGACAUGUUGUUGGUUGUCCCAGAGGGCUACGCCGCCGUCCGACUAGGGAACGAAGCAUCAAUCAAGCAAAUACUCAACGUUACAAAGGGAAUGUACUAUUCCUUAACGUUCAGUGCUGCUAGAACUUGUGCUCAAGAGGAACGUAUUAACGUAUCCGUAACACCCGAUUUUGGAGUGCUGCCUAUCCAAACAUUGUAUAGUAGCAGUGGUUGGGACUCAUAUGCUUGGGCAUUUCAAGCUGAAAUUAGCCGAGUGGAAAUCUUGCUUCAUAAUCCAGGUGUUGAGGAAGAUCCUGCUUGUGGUCCUCUCAUCGAUUCCAUCGCCAUUCGCACUUUAUAUCCUCCUAGGGCCACUAAUCAGAAUUUGUUAAAAAAUGGAGAUUUUGAAGAGGGUCCAUACAUAUUACCAAACACAAGUUGGGGAGUGCUUGUGCCACCAAACAUUGAAGAUGAUCAUUCACCAUUGCCAGCAUGGAUGGUUGAGUCUCUAAAGGCAGUGAAAUACUUAGACUCUGACCAUUUCUCAGUGCCACAUGGCAAGAGAGCCAUAGAGCUUGUUGCUGGUAAAGAGAGCGCCAUUGCCCAGGUUGCAAGAACCACUAUUGGCAAAAUGUAUCAACUUAGUUUCAAAGUUGGAGAUGCAAGCAAUGCUUGUGAAGGUUCCAUGAUUGUUGAGGCCUUUGCUGGAAGGGACACACUUAAAGUCCCUUAUGAGUCUAGGGGUAAAGGUGGAUAUAAGCGCGCUAUCCUCCGUUUCAAGGCCACUGCUAGCCGGACUCGGAUCAUGUUCCUUAGCACCUACUACCACACGAGGAGCGAUGAUUUUGUCUCGCUAUGUGGCCCUGUGGUCGAUGAUGUGACGCUUCUGAGCAUUAGGAGCCAUAAUCGAUUCCUCUGAGGUGUAUUUUGAUGAAAUAGGGUGAAUUUUAUGAGUUAUGGUAUAUGAGUAUAUUUGGUUGUAAUGAAAAAAAGAAGGUGGGAGUUCUAUUUUAUCUUUUCUUUGGCUUGUUUACUACUACUAGUAUUAUCAUAUGUUUUCUAAUGUCUAAUGAAAGGCAAAGAAGUAUAUAUGUAUAUUUUGAUUGGUGUUGAGUGAUUUAUGUAUUACAUUUUGGGUUCGA